AUGAAGCUCACAUUCAAAGAUUUGAAACAGGAGAAGUUCGAGAUUGAUGCGGAGCCCUCAGAGACAGUUGGGCAAGUGAAGGAAAGAAUUUGCCAGCUCAAGGGCUGGGAGGUCCCUCAACUGAAGUUGAUCUACUCGGGGAAAAUUCUCAAAGAUGAGAACACGAUUGAAUCUUACAAGGUGGAAGAGAAGGGCUUCAUAGUAUACAUGGUGUCCAAGCCCAAGACUUCGUCAUCCUCUGCCGCUCCCUCGCAAGGUCCCUCCACGCCUUCGAGAGCGGCUGCUUCGACUCCUGCUGCUCCCCCAGCUCCAGCUCCCGCUACCAGCGCUCCGGCCCAGGCCGCCCCUCCUGCGACCCCGUCUCCCGCUGCUACCGGGGCUUCUCAGUCCGGUUCCGCUUUCAAUGAUCCCUCUGCCUUGAUGACAGGCCGUGAAAACGAGAAUGCCGUUGCUCAAAUGGAGAGCAUGGGUUUCGCGCGAGAUGACAUCAACCGUGCGAUGCGGGCGGCUUUCUUCAACCCCGACCGGGCCGUCGAGUAUCUCCUGAGUGGAAUCCCCGAUAACAUCCAGCAGGAGCAGCAGCAGCAACAACAACAACAACAAGCCGCCGCUGCCGCUGCCGCCUCGCCAACCCCCCAGGCUCCCUCUGGCGAGAGCGGGCUCACUACGGCCGGAGGUGAUGAGCCAGUCAAUUUGUUCGAAGCGGCUGCUCAGGCUGGUACUCAGGACACUGGCCGUGCCGGUCGUUCUGGUGGCGAAGCACUUCCUAAUCUGGACUUCCUGCGGCACAACCCCCACUUCCAACAACUGCGCCAGCUGGUUCAACAGAACCCCCAGAUGCUCGAGCCAAUCCUCCAGCAACUGGCCUCGGGAAACCCCCAAAUCGCGGCGCUCAUUGGACAGAAUGAGGAGCAAUUUCUCCAGCUUUUGAGUGAGGAGGACGAGGAGGGCGCACUCCCUCCUGGCACGCAUCAGAUUCAUGUGACUGAGGAAGAGAGAGACGCCAUCGAACGGCUUUGCCGCCUUGGCUUUUCACGAGACUCGGUCAUCCAAGCAUAUUUCGCUUGCGACAAGAAUGAAGAACUGGCCGCCAACUACCUGUUUGAAAACCCGGAUGACCCUGAGGACCAAUAA